AAGACAAAAGCAGCACUCUCAGAUUAAAGCAAAGGAUAGCCGUGUCUGUGGGUGAGAAGAGCGAGAGGGAGGAAAAAGAAAAGUAGGGGCCAAAAGCAAAACUGGCAAUAGAAAACCGUGCUAAAGAAGGCCAAUGGGCAAUGACGACGGGACAGAGAAAUGAAAAGUAUAAAGUCGGAUUUCAACGAUAUAAAUAAAUCGCGAUCAAUCUCCCUAGAGAAGUCGGUGAGAAUUCGGGCUGUUGGCCAGGCACGGCUUUUGCCCAGUCAAUCCGAGUCCCACUGGUCGCACAAUGAUGUCGUUGUGGAGGAGGUGGAUGCAGUUGGCUUUCUUGUUCUUGUGAUGGCGGCAGUGGUGGUGGUGGUUGUGGUGGUGGUUGUUGUCGCUGUGGUGAUCAGGGAACUAACUACUAAUGAGGUUCAAAGGUAGAGGGAGCGACAAUGCAAUGGAAUAGAGAAAGCAUGGAGAGUCCCCCGGGCAAAUGAGAAGGGCGAGGAGUAUUUCGUGUAGUAGU